AUGAUUGGGUACCAGUCACUGUCCGAGCGCGCCUCCUCGCUGUUAUCGCCAUCCUCGCCGCCGCCGCCCCCACCGCCGCCGGAGAUCUCGGAGCACCAGAAGCAGCUGCUCACCGACGCCUGGAAGACGCUCGAGGACGACAUCGCCAGCGUGGGUGUCAUCACGUUCAUCAGUUACAGCUUGUUCGAGACACAUCCAGAUGUGCAACAGGUCUUCAUGCCUUUCAACGGAAUCGCCAUAGAGGAUCUGAAGCACAGCAAGCAACUAAGGGCUCACGCGCUAAGGGUGAUGGCGUUCGUGCAGAAGGCUGUGGCGCGACUGUACGAACCUGAAGAGAAGCUGCUGACACUGCUGCAGGACCUGGGCCGUAAGCACGUCUCCUAUGGCGCCAAACAGGAGUACGUGGAUGGCUUCGUAAAUAUCGAGUGUCUAGAAGACUAA